AUGUCUCUAACACAAGGCACUGCAACUUUCCCGAGAAACUCUACUUUCUUGGGAAAACGUCGGGAUCGCAUGCAUGCAAGUGGCUUUGGGAUUGUAAAACCAGAGACUUUAGGCAUUCUAGAGUUCCGACUUGAGGAGAUACUAGAAUUUGCUGUUCCUGAACCCACGCUCUGCUAUCUCAACUGUCUUACUUUGACAAACUCCAUAUACUCUUGGAAAUCCAGGUAUCAGACCACCAGAGAUCUGAGGCUUUGUUCAGAAAAAUUAUAUGCACUCUACAAAAUACAUGAGAAGAUUUCGGCCACCGUAGAUGACAAAACCUGGAACCCGGCGUACAAGCAUCUCGUUAAUGGCUUACCAGAUGUGGGAACCGAAUUAAAUCAGACCAUAGGUCAAAUAAUUCCUUCCAUUUGGGGAUUAUUUGACCUAAUUGGGAAUUACUCAACCUAA